AUGGGAAGCACCGACGCUCAAACAUGGCUGGAGAAGCUGGAGGAGCAGCUGAACGUUGAUGUGGAUUGGAUGGACCCCGAAUACAUCAAGGCUAUGCCAAUCAAACCGCACGACCAGACGAGUAACCAACUUUGGGUCGAUAUUCAACUGGGUCACGAAUCGAACGCAGAGCUUCUUUCUCAGACUGCAAACGAGUUGAAACAUCACGGUUGGUUGGCCAUUUAUACGCGCAUGGCAGUCUUGAUGUGCAAGAAGAACAUCGACCUGAUCCGGGGCCGAGUGCUUCUGCAGACUUUGCCAUCAAAAGCAUACGACACCGAAGCAACUCUGUCCCACGCCCGGCUGUACGACCAAGAAUUCGCACGAGCCGGCAUCGGUAGAGAUAGAUACUGUAUCAAGAUCCCAUCCACUGGCCCUGCCUUGAAUGCCGCCAAGAUUUUGAGCGCAGAAGGUAUCCCUACCCUGGGUACUGCGUUGUUUAGUCUAGUGCAAGCCAUCGCCUGCAGUCAAGCUGGUAUGCUGUACAUCAGCCCUUACUACAACGAGACUCGUGCUCAUGAUGACCACAGCCUUUGGCCCAAUGUCAAGGAUCCUGCAGCCGAGCACCCCAUGAGCGCUCGCCUGUACCAGAUUCUCCGAACUUAUGAGCGCCUGUACAAGGAGACUGGCGUUGAGCAACCUCUAUUGAAGAACGCAAGCUUCAUCUCCCCCCAAGAAGCGAUGGCUGCAGGUGAACUUGGCUGCCACUCGGCAACCAUUUCGCACACUGUCCUCGACCAACUCGCCGCGCUCAAGUACGACCCGACGGCUCAGCCCGGAGAGGGUCAGCCAAAACCCGCUCAUGUGUACAAGACUCCAGUGCCCCCGCCGAAACGAUUGGAAAAACUUGCCACGGUUGAUCCGCUAGCUCCGAAGGGUUGGGAUGGUAAGCUAGCCAGCACCGACAUUGACUACUUGGCUAAUGGAGGGGCGGAGCUUACCAAGGCAAUUGAGGCUGAUCCGGUGUCGAAGGAAAGACUUGCCAUUGCCCUGGAGCUAUUUACAGGAGGGGAACUGAGGAGUAAGGAAAAGGUUGAGGCAGCUCUUGGGAAUGUGGUGUAG